AUGUACCCCUACGCCUAUCUGUUCACCGCAGCUCGAUUCUUAGGUCACGCCUCCAAUCCCGUUUCAAUCUGGAAUCUCUAUUCCCCAUCCAAAGAGCUGCGGGCCAUGAUAUUGGAAGUUAAUAAUACCUACAAUGAACGACACAUAUACUUCCUCAAACUGCAGUCCGCUGAAGGGGACCACGAAAUUGAUCACCCCCAAGGCAAAACAUCAUGCUAUUCAACAACAUUCCCCAAAGCACUUUACUUAUCCGUAUUCGAUUCCCGCACCGGCACAUACAAGAUCUGUGCUACCGACGCUCUUUCCCCAUCCAUGUCAGGUAAUGGCCCAAUAAACAUCACCAUCGCACUCUCGUCCACACGCACCAAGCUUGUCGGGAGACUCUGUUCUACAUCCUCAGGAAUCGACCCAGGAUCCCUCUUGUUGUGGGAGAAGACGGUUUUCCUUGCACAGUGGGUAUGGGUAGGUCUUGCCACAUAUUUUCGCACACGGGUCCAGGCGUUCAUUCUUUUCUACCGCAAAAAUAUUACGUGGGUUGUCAAGCCUCAGCCAAGCAGGGAGAGCAUGCCAAGGCGUGCAAACAAGAUGGAGAUUUUUCUUGAGGGUAUCUUCCGGCGAUAUGUACAUCAUGUUAUCAAACGGACGCUCCGGCCAGUUAAAGUUCGUUACCUCCCGGCGGGGAUUCUAGAGGUUGGCGAAGAAGUGGUAUAUUCCCCAUCGGCACUUCAGGUGGAAGCCCACGGAGAAAUUCAAGAGCUGGAGAUUAGGAUCCUCACCCCACUGUUCUAUUCUCGACUCUUAUACUACACGUUCUCCACCCUAUCCGAGAUAAUCCUUGCUGAAUCCCAAUUGCUAAACCAGACACUUUCGCUCUCUGAUACGGACACUGUCACAACGCUCUUUGCUAGAAAUCAACAAGACAACCCAUAUUGCCAGUCUACAGAAAGAUUGUCAUACUUCGAUACAUAUGUCUCAUCAGCUUUGCACUUCCUCAACUUCCUGAAUGGUCCAAAAGAGCCUCAGAAUCAUCACGAGCAAGCACCACGAAUCCAGACCUGUGAAACGACCUCCUUUCCAACACACAAUUUCCGUUUUCACUUACCCAGAGAAGCAGAAUCAGUGUCACAAGCACUUCCACUCUUAGCAUUCCUCACCACCCCUCAACACCAGGAGCAGCACGGAGGUUGCUCCCAAGACGAACGUCGUAUUUACACCUCUUACCUACUGUACCAGUACCUUGCCACGCAUACUGCGGGUGGGAGUACAAAUUUGCUUAGAAUGGAAAUCGGGGUUGUUAAAUUUUGUCUUCUCUGGUAUCUGGUGCGAAGUCUAUGUCCUUAG